AUGAGUGUUGAAGGCAAGCCUGCAUCAGUUGGUCCAUGGGGAGGCCAAAGUGGUCAUACCUGGGAUGAUGGAAUGUACACCACAGUAAGGCAAAUAAUUGUAGCUCAUGGUACUGGUAUAGACUCUAUCCAAGUUGAGUAUGACAGGAACGGUAGCUCGGUUUGGUCUGAAAAACGUGGAGGAAAGGGAGGCGCCAACUUUGAUAAGGUGAAACUUGACUACCCGCAUGAGUAUCUGAUUUCAGUUAAAGGAACCUAUAGUGGAUUUGACGUCUGGGGGAAUCUAUGCGUCCGGUCACUUACCUUUGAGAGUAACCGAAAAAGUUAUGGACCGUUUGGAGUUGAGUCAGGUACUUACUUCUCAUUGCCAAAAUCAGAGUCGAAGAUUGUUGGGUUCCAUGGGAAGGCUGGUUGGUAUUUGGAUGCUAUUGGUGUUCACAUUCAACCAAUUCCUAAGGAGAAUAAUCCCACGUCGAAAAUGGUUUUGCACUCGCAUCAAAAUGCCCACCAUGGUGAUAAGAAAUUCGAGUACUCAGUGAUGCACGGAAGUGUAGGCCAAAACUUUGAUAUAGUUGUUGCACUCAAACAGAAAGGGUCACCUUUGCCUACUUUUGGAUCCCGAGAUCACUCAGGUGCUGAGAUCACCAGACAUAAGUUGGUGACAGAUACUGAGAAGCUGCAGCACAAAGCUGAAGGUGGUGCCAAAACAUAUGGACCAUGGGGUGGAACCGGUGGUAUCAUGUUUGACGAUGGGAUUUAUACCGGCAUUAGACAAAUCAAUUUGUCACGCAGUGUCGGGAUUGUAUCGAUGAAGGUCUGUUAUGAUUUUAGAGGACAAGCUGUGUGGGGAAGCAAGCAUGGUGGCAGGGGAGGAUUCAGACAUGAUAAGGUUGUAUUUGAUUACCCAUCAGAGGUUUUAACACAUGUAACGGGAACAUAUGGACCGUUGAUUUACAUGGGACCUAGUGUGGUAAAGUCACUGACUUUCCACACAAACAAAGGAAAGCAUGGACCUUUUGGUGAAGAGCAAGGACCUUCUUUCGCCCAUAAAAUCGACGAGGGCAAAGUUGUUGGGUUCACUGGAAGAGAGGGUCUGUUCCUUGAUUCCAUUGGUGUUCAUGUUAUGGAAUGCAAAAUAAGUUCCCUUAAGCCAUCUCCUCAUCACAAUGCAAUUGUUCCUCAUAACAAGUCGGGCGUGGCAGAAAUCGAAAACUCCCCGUGGGCUAAUAAGCUGGUCCUUGCAGCAAACGGUCAUGGCGAAGAGAUGGAGCGUGGAGUCGUCAAAGAACCAACACCGAGUGGGCCGGGACCGUGGGGAGGCAAUGGAGGUAAACCUUGGGACGAUGGAGUGUUUUCAGGGAUCAAGCAGAUAUUUGUAACAAGAUCAAAUGAUGCUAUAUCUUCAUUACAAGUCGAGUACGACAGAAAUGGACAGUCUGUUUGGUCCAUUAAACAUGGUGGUGGUAACAAUGGAGUCGCCACACACAGAAUUAAACUUGAGUAUCCAAACGAGACGCUCACCUGCAUUUCGGGGUAUUACGGACCUCUGAACAAUUCAGACAAUUCUUAUGUUGUCAAGUCUCUGAGUUUCUACACUAGCCGUGGCAAGUACGGUCCGUACGGUGAAGAGACCGGGACGUUUUUCACUUCGACUACAACACAAGGAAAAGUGUUGGGGUUACAUGGAAGAAGUAGCUCUUACUUGGACGCCAUUGGAGUUCAUAUGCAGCAUUGGCUUGGCGACAAUAAGCCUCAUUUCAACAGGUCUUCUUGUUUCAAGCUCUACUGA